CACCAAUGCUCACCGGGAGUUUCCCGCUCGCUGGCGAAUGGUGCAGUGGAGCGUCGAGCCUAUAAAUUAGUGAGCGGAGCGGCGACCCGGAAAGCAGUCGAGGCCAGCAGGCAUCAAUCGGUCGCUGUUCAAAAUCUGCGAUCGGCGAACCGCUUAUAGAUCGCAAUAAUUGGCAUACACAUCAAGUGGAAGACAUGCAGAAAGGAGCUUCAAAUGCAGAUUUGAAGAAGAGAGCAACUCCAGAUGAUGAUUUUGGGAAGGAUUUUUUCAAUUCGUGGAAAUCAACAAAAUUGGGAAAUGAUUCAGUUGAUUUUGACGUGGAAGCAGUCCCAAAGAAUAAAAAGGCUUCCUUUAAAUUUGAUGAACUUGAUAAUUUUGAACUCAGUGGGAACUUUGACAAACUGCCCUCCUUCAAGUUGGAUGUGCCUGAUCUUGAUUUCUCUAGUCCGUCUAAGAAAAAAGAAAAGACAACUGAAAAGUCUUCCAAAGAACUUGUUAAAGGAAAAAAAGAACCAAAAGACGACAAAUUCUCUUUUGAUUUUGAUUUCAACAGUUUCGAUCUUGAUUCAAAAUCACAGGAGGAUAAAAGACCAAUCAAUUUUUCUGACAAAAAUGUACCAGAACUUCCUUCUAAGCAUGAAAUGAAUCAAGUAUCAGACCAACGUUCUGAUUUUGCUCACAAGACCGAAGUAUCUUUUGGCAUAAGAGCUGAUAUUCCAAAAAAUAAUGAGAAGAAAACUUGUGUCACUAUGGCAGGGAGAGAACAUUCUGAGGAAAAUUAUUUGACAAAAGAAAAUUCUGAUAACAGCAAAUAUUUCUCCCUUCAAUCUUUUUCUGGUGAUGGUUCCACAGAAGUAGUUCUGCCUGAAAUACAGAUGGACAGUGCUCCUUCGGAUGUUGUCAAGCCAAGAGAGAUAAUGUCAAAGCAUGAUUCUAUACAUCCAAUCAGUAGUUCACCUUCCAUGAGCUCGAGCCCUGUAGAUUCAUAUAAUUCAGGAUGCUGGACAAAAGCAAGUGAGAAUGAACUACCAAAUCCUGGCACUUUGCUUCAGAAUCAGAACAAAGGUCUAUCAGCCAGGAUAACAGGAAGUCUUACUGGUUCAAUUAAAAUCAGAAAAGAUGCUAACAACUCCAGUGGCCUAAAUAAAUCGACUGAGGGAGUGAAAAAUAUUGAUGAGAAGCAGAAUUCCUGCCAAAAUCUUAUAGUACCACCAGAGAAAAAUAGUUCACGCAAAAAUCUUAUGCUACCACCAUUGAAGAGCGAGAUAAAGUUUGGGGGAUCUACAAAGCUCCAUGGGUUAAUGAGCACUGGUCUGCAGUUGAAAUCCAUCGGUAAUUUGGAAGAUAAUAUACCCCAAAAAAUUUCAGCAUUUAUAUCAAAGCCAUUCAAUUCUACGCUGGAUGCCAGAGCAAAGACCACUCAUGCAUCCAUCACUAAGGAGAACAGUUUACAAAUUAAAACUUCAAGUGCAUCCCACCAAAAUUCAUUGGGUUCCAAAAACGUGGCAACGCCUAGACUUCAGAAACCCAUUACUGAUACUACUAUUGACCCCAAGGGGUCAUAUGCUGGUAAUAACACUGGUUCAGUAAAAGAGAAUGUCAUAGCAAAACUUAUUUCCAGCAAUAGACUUGGUUCUCAGAUCACUAAAACUAAUAAGGGUGCCACUUCGGGUGAUAACAGUCAUCGUGGUAUUAUUGGCUCUGCUAUUUCGAAAAUGAUAGAUGUGAAUCAAAACAAACCAAAUUCUGCAAAACCAAGAGAAGCAAAAUCAGUGCCGUUUUUGGAGAAAAGGAUGGAAUGCCCUUUAAAUGCCGCAUCUAAAACAACCAACUCGGCCAAUAUUGAGAUGAAAGCUUCUUUGCAUGCAUCUUUGAAGCGGAAGAUUGAUGAGCAAUCAGCUGCAAAUCUGGAGACCGCAAGUCCCUUGGAAUGUGUCGAAGGGUCCAAUGCUAACCUAAGGAUUUCAUUGGAAGCAUCUCCAAACGCCAAAGUUAAAAUGUUUCCAGAAAUCAAAGUCGUAGAAACUUGCAAGGAUCUCAUUCCUCUUACAAACCAAACUUCUUUAACUUCUGUCCCUGAGAUGGAAAAUCUUGUAGCUGGAGUUUCACCAUUUUUUAUGGAAGAUGACAAUCUCAGAAAGGCUGAAACUCUUACAAAGGAGCUUGAAAAUAUAUGCAACUUGGUGAGAAAGAAGCACGAAGAAGCCAAGGAGCUUCAGGUCCGCUCAAUAAUAAACAAUAAUGCAUUGCUCUUGCUCAACUAUCCCAUGCUAGAGGAAAAGAUUCAGUCGCUUCAGAAAUUUUCCUCUAGCCUGCUUCUUAAGCAAAUCUGAAGAGUGAACACAUUCCUGCUUUUGUUUGUUAAAGCUUCCUGCAGUUCAUGAUUGUGUACAGAACAGAAGCCGUCAUGCUUCUGCUGCUAUCAUCAUACUUCCUUUUUUUACUUUUCCUGAUGAUAUUAGUAACAUCACCUACACUGAGAUAAACGUGACUGGCCGAAGCCAAUAAGGCAAUCAGUCGGAGCAUUAGUAAGGGACAAAUGAACUUACUGAUUUCUCUUCAAAUUUGUUUAGGACGCUUUCUCUUAAGCCAUGAUUGAGACCCGUAAAUAAGUACAUCCAGGUGUGUAAAUCUUAUUUUCUUUUCCUUUUUAGUCCUCUUAAACAUUACUUGGGAGUUUGACCGGUUGCGUCUGACCGCUACUAUUGAGCUAUGCACUGACUAGGUCAGGCUUUCUC